AUGCAAAGCCUCACCGCCCUUGCACUUGCCGUCCGCAUAGGAAUUGCGCUCGCGACACGGACCUUCUUCCAACCAGAUGAGUUCUUCCAAUCGCUCGAGGUCGCCCACCAUCUCGUGUUCGGGUACGGACACCUCACCUGGGAAUGGCUGUCUUCCAAACCCAUCAGAAGCAUUGUCUAUCCUAUGUUGAACGUGCCGGUGUAUUGGCUGUUGAAGGUCUCUGGGCUGGAUCAGACGAGUAUGCUGAUAUGGGCUCCAAAGAUACUGCAUGGCGCCCUUGCUGCGUGCACUGAUAUCUGGCUAUGUGAAUUGACAAGGAAGGCCCUCGGCGAGAGAUAUGUCUCGACAACCUUGUUUUUGUCAUUGACGUCCUUCUUUCACGGGCUAUCCCUUUCUCGCUCUUUAUCAAACUCGCUAGAGACCUCAUUGACCGUGGUGGCGCUGGCAUAUUUUCCGUGGAAGCACACGUCAGGUCCGACGAGCCGAGAUUUCCAUAAAAUGGUGACUUUCGCUGCGGCUGCAUGUGCCAUCCGGCCUACAAACGCGGUUAUCUGGGUGUAUGUUUUCGCGAUAAUGUUCGUCCGAUUCAGGCAUCGACCGGCACUCGACCUUACCAUGGCUGAUCUGUGCUCAUUGGGUAGGCUGCUCUGCCUCUCGACGAUCGUUCUCCUCGACUCGGCGUAUUAUGGCGGUCUAACGCUCACUCCGCUGAACUUUCUGCUCACCAAUCUGUCAUCUGUAUCUCUUUUUUACGGUGCUAGUCCGUGGCAUUAUUAUCUCUCUCAAGCGAUUCCUGUUCUAUGCACAACGGUUCUACCAUUCGUUAUUCAUGGCACAUGGCUAGUCGCUCGCUCCACCGAACCCACCCCAAAAAUCCUGCUCGGCAUCAUUGGCUGGACCAUUUGCGUGUAUUCUCUGGCAGGCCAUAAAGAGUGGCGCUUCGUUCAUCCCUUGCUACCGCUAAUGCACGUUCUUGCUGCCAAAGCGCUUGUUGACACAUACGGAUCCGGCCACCAAUCUACCCGUCUCCCUAUCCGAAGUUCGCACCGGCUUCUUAUCCUCCUUCCCUUGCCGGCAAUAUGUUACAUCGAGGUAAUGCACUAUUUACGGAACCUUCCUCCUCAUGAAGUCAACUCCGUGGGCUUCUUAACACCUUGUCACUCAACACCAUGGCAAGCAUAUCUGCAUAGAGCGAAUCUAGCCGACGAACGGAAGUUCUGGGCUCUUGGCUGCGAGCCACCCCUUUUAGGCCAAAAUAUAGAUUCAUACCGUGACCAGAGUGACGUGUUCUUUGAUUCCCCUGCAAAUUACCUGCGCAUGCAUUUUCCAAGCCGGGUUGACCCAUUGUUUCCGCCCUCGCCUAUGCCCAACACGCCGCCAGGAGCAUCAUUAGAAGCGGACACCGUGUGGAAACAUGAAUGGCCAGAAUACAUCGUGAUGUUCGGGGCGUUGCUAGAUGAUAAUGAUGUACGAGGCAUGCUGGAGACGAACAGCUACCGGGAGGUCUGGAUGUACGAAUCAGGCUGGGAGAGUGAUCAGCGAAGGCAAGGAGGGGUCCGGGUGUGGCGGGUCCAGCCUGUCCGAGGUUGA